GACGCCUCGGCCCCCUGGCGGCUCGGGGUCCACCCAGCGCCGCGGGCCCGCCGCUCUCCCUCGCCUCGCCUUUGCGCCUCUUCUCGCUCUGCCUCUCCAUUUAUUAUUAUUUUUUUCAAAUGGUGUAGCCGCCAGAGGUGCGGUGCUAAAUUCUUGGAAGGGGCCCGGAUGUACUGAGGAUGCAUUACAAUCUCACGAAAGGAGGCGGUAGUGGAAAGCAGCAGUUUUUGGUGUUUGGUGCAAUAAUGGGGAUCAGGUAAUCACCCGAAGGGAGCAAGAAACACUGCGGAUCCACGGCUUCCUCGGUUUGCGCGAAAGCCGCCGGCCUCGGAGGAGGGAUUCAUCCAGACCCGCUCGCGGCUGUUGCUGCAUUUCUUCCUCUUUGUGGCUUCUCCUUUCCAAGCAGUUUUUGGCCAAUGGUCAAUGAAAACACGAGGAUGUACGUUCCAGAGGAAAACCACCAAGGUUCCAACUAUGGGAGCCCACGUCCAGCUCACGCCAACAUGAAUGCCAAUGCAGCAGCAGGGCUCGCCCCCGAGCACAUCCCCACUCCAGGGGCAGCGCUGUCCUGGCAGGCAGCCAUUGAUGCCGCCCGGCAGGCCAAGCUCAUGGGCAGUGCUGGCAAUGCAACCAUCUCUACCGUCAGUUCCACACAGCGGAAGCGGCAGCAGUAUGGGAAACCCAAGAAGCAGGGUGGUACGACUGCCACACGGCCACCUCGUGCUCUGCUCUGCCUGACUCUGAAGAACCCCAUCCGGAGGGCAUGCAUAAGCAUCGUUGAAUGGAAAUAUCCUUUAUGCUGGGGCCUGGCCAAGGUGUUCCUUGGACCUGCACCUAGGGGCUGGCCGGCCCUCUGGGGAUACCAGGCGUAG